AUGUCGGACUCUACCGCCGUCGUCGAAAAGGGCCAUGAUGAUUCCUCUAAACUCAAGACGUUUCUUUCUAUUCUGCGCAAAUUUGUCGGAGUUGCAGACAUUGCGUCUGUACGAUUCUCUCUCCCUGCACAGCUUCUGGAGCCUACGCCGAAUUUAGAGUACUGGAAUUAUUUGGAUCGACCAGAGACUUUUGCAAGUAUUGGUACAUCUGAUGACGAUCUCGGCCGUAUGUUGGAGGUUUUGCGAUUCUGGUUCACAAAAGAUCUGAAAUAUAUCAAGGGCAAGCCAUGCAAGCCGUAUAACUCGACGCUGGGAGAGUUUUUCAGGGCUUAUUGGGAAGUCGAUAAUACAGCAGCUCCAGUUCUGCCUUCAUCCAAACCCACAAAUGGCGCGGUCUCAACGACUGACGGUUCCGCCAAAGUCUGCUUCCUGACUGAACAAACGUCUCAUCAUCCUCCAGUUUCAGCUUUCUACAUCGAUUGCCCCCAGCGGGGCGUCUCCGCGCGUGGGUUUGACCAGAUCAGCGCCAAGUUCACAGGAACUAGCAUUCGCGUUGGUCCCGGUCAGCACAAUCUCGGUAUCUUCGUGAACUUGGCGAACCGCGAUAAUGAAGAAUAUCAGCUCACACAUCCCGCCGCUCAUCUAAGCGGACUUUUGCGUGGCUCCCUCUACAUCUCCGUGGCAGAUAGCUGCUAUAUCACAUGCCCUAAGACUCGGAUAAAAGUCAUUCUGCAAUAUCUAGAAGACGGCUGGGUGUCAAAGGCGCAUAGCCGCGUCGAAGGAGUCAUUUUCCGCUACGACCCAGACAACGAUACCAAAAUGAAAGUAAAAGACGUCCCAUCCAACGAUGUGCUGGCCCGUAUCAAUGGCUGUUGGCGUGAACAAAUCUAUUAUACUCUUACCGCUGCAGCAACCUCUGGCAGUGGCUCCUCUAUUUCAUCCCGCUCUUCUACUACUUCUGAAUUCAACAAACCCCAACUCUUGAUUGAUCUCGUCCCUCUAACUAUCGUCCCGAAAUCCGUACCCCCCGAAGAGAUACAACUUUCAAACGAAUCCCGCAAAUUCUGGUCCGGCGUCACAUCUUCCAUCUUAUCCAAACAAUUCGGCCAAGCCACAAAACUGAAACAAGAAAUCGAAGAGCGUCAACGAGCCAAAGCUGCGGAGCGAGAAGCGAAAUCGGAAAAAUGGAAACCCAGAUUCUUUACCGAUGCCGUUACGCCUUUGGGAAGACCGGAUUUGACGGAUGAUGGACGGCAGGCGUUGGAGAAGAUGUUCAAGGGCGAUUUUAAGUUGGAAGAAAGUACUAUUACGGGUGCUUAG